AUGGAAGAAGGUUUUGUGUUUCGGGGGUGCGAGCUGCCGCCGGGGUUCCGGUUCCAGCCCACGGACCAGGAGAUCAUCGUCUGCUACCUCAAGAGGAAGGUCGCCUCCGCCGCCUCUGCCGUCGCCUCCGCCGUCACCUCCAUCAUCGCCGACGUCGACAUCUACAAGUUCGACCCGUGGGAACUGCCCGACAAGGCGCAGUUCGGGGAGGGGGAGUGGUUCUUCUUCAGCCCGAGGGACCGCAAGUACCCCAACGGCGCGCGGCCCAACCGCACGGCGGGCUCGGGGUACUGGAAGGCCACCGGCACCGACAAGCCGAUCCUGGCUGCCGGCGGCGCGCGCUGCCUCGGGGUCAAGAAGGCGCUCGUCUUCUACCAGGGCCGCUCCCCGCGGGGCACCAAGACUGAGUGGGUCAUGCACGAGUACCGCCUCCUCCACGCCGACGCCGGCGCCGCCACCCGUCACAAGCCCCACGACUCCAUGAGGCUGGACGAAUGGGUCCUGUGCCGCGUCCGCAAGAAGGGCGUCGCCGUCGCGCCGGACAUGGAUGGCAACCCCGGAGCGCCGAGCCACGCGAAGGUUCAGGCAAUUGAUAGUACCACCGCAACCGCGCACGGCGCCUUCGGCGACGACUGGACCGACGGCCAGCUCCUGCAGUACCUGAUGAGCGGCGGAUCCGGACAGGUCGACGGUGCCGGCGCCAUCAGCGUGGCGGCGGGCCACGUCCAUGACGGUGCGCGACGCGAGAGUGCGCCGGAGGUACAUCUGGCGUCAGUGCUGGAGAACAUCAAGAGGGACCUCUCGUUCCAUGCCAUGGACGACGUGUAUUUCCUCCAGCCCAGCAAGCGGGCCAACUGCAUGGGAGGAGGUGCGGGCCACCACACCGACGGCGACCAGCUGUCGCCGCCGACGUCCUUGUCCAUGUUCGAGGACGAUUAG